AUGCUGAGCGGAGCGCGCGGCUGGCUCGCCUCAGCACUGCGGGGUCCACGCGUGCCACCGUUCGCGGUCGCCCGUAGGUGCCUUCACACGUCGGGGUCCCCGUCCGCGGACAAGAGCAAGAGGCCCGGAGACCCACCCCGCGCCUUCGACCCAGCGCUGCUCGAGUUCCUGGUGUGCCCCCUCUCCAAGAAGCCGCUCAGAUAUGAAGCAUCGACAAAUGAAUUGAUUAAUGAAGAGUUGGGAAUAGCCUAUCCAAUUAUUGAUGGGAUCCCUAAUAUGAUACCGCAGGCAGCUAGGAUGACACAUCAAAAUAAGAAGCAAGAAGAAAUGGAGCAGCACUAGAUCAUAAUUAAAAACAGCAACACACAUAACUA